AUGUCUCUCUCUAAAACGAGCAAGCUGCUGCAGUACAUAAACUUCCGCAUGCGGGUCACUCUCAGUGACAAGCGCCAAGUUGUGGGACGGUUUAUGGCUUUCGACCGUCACAUGAACUUGGUCCUGGGAGAUGCGGAGGAGUACCGCAAGCUGCCACCCAAGAAGGGUAUCCCAGAGGAGGAGCGGGAGCAGCGGCGGGUGCUGGGCUUGGUCAUCCUGCGCGGCGACGAGGUCAUGGACCUGACGAUCGAGGGGCCGCCCCCGGCCGACGAGUCACGCUGA